AAAGCAAAAACCUGAAUCCUGUCCAUUUUAAAAUUGUUGGGAAACAAGACACUUCUUUAAAGUUGACCAUUUUCUGGAUCAUCAUCCAACUAUAAAUAUAAUCAAGUUGCUCUCUUUUCCCUAUUCACCAUAGUUUUUUAUCUUACCUCCUCAAAGAGUAAAGGAACUUAGUUGAGUAAAGGUGUUUCUCGUGGUUUACCAAGUGUUGUUAAAUAUCGAGCUACUAGGAAAAUGUCUGGUAAACCUGUUUUGGUGGUAAUUUUGAGUGGAAAACGCAAAAGUGGUAAAGAUUUUGUUGCAGAAUUAAUCGAGAAAAGGUACCGAAACGGACUAGCUGUUAUUCAUAUCUCCAAGCCAAUCAAACAAAAAUAUGCUGAGCUUCAUGGGGCAGCUUUCGAUGAGCUGAUGAAAGCAUCAGAAUACAAAGAGCAAUUCCGACUUGAUAUGGUUAAAUGGAGUGAAAAAGAAAAGUUGGAUCGCAAUGAUCAGGCCUAUUUCUUGAAAUUAGCCAUUGAGUUGGAGAAAGCUCAGGAGAGAAAAGUUUGGUUAGUCGCCGAUGCUCGAAGACCUGCUGAUAUCGGAUAUUUCGAUAGUCCACAAUUUGAUAGCGUGGAGAUAAUCAAAGUCAGAAUACAAGCAACCGAUGAAACUCGUAAAUCAAGAGGUUGGAUGUUUACUAAAAACAUUGAUGAUGCGACAACUGAAUGUGGACUUGAUAAUUUCACUGAUUGGACACAUGUUAUUGAUAACAAUGGUACUUGUGAUGAACUUGUUGAGAGACUAAAUGUAAUUUUUGAUAAAAUUGAUCAAGCUUUAACAUAAUAUUUCUAAUUGUUAAAUUUCCUAAGGAUAUUGAAUUUAAAGCAACAUACAUAAUCUUACAAAAUUGAAAAUUAUCUGAGUAAAUUUUAGUUUAUUUCUGUUAA